AUCCCAAUACAUCAAAAAGGCGCCUCCUUAACUCACCUGGAUAUCUCCAAAAUCCAUAUCAGUAGGGAGAUUAUACGCUCCGAUGCGUCUUCUAUCUUUGAGGUGGAUCUGGACGGAAAAAAAUAUACACUGAAGGUUUUCCACGACAAUGGCGACCCUGGAUAUGCCGAAAAUGGCCGUGAUUUAAAUCGAUUUCGAUGCGAAUCCAAUGCAUAUGAGAAGCUCCGAGCUUCUGGUGUCUGUACCCACGGUUUUAUCCCAGAAUUCCACGGCUAUAUCGAUCGAAUAGAUCCCGUGGCAUUCAGUCCUACCUUACAACAUUUCGCCCACGACAAGCUAAAGCCGAAAGCAAUAAUACUAGAGUACCUCCCAAAUGCCGAGAGUCUGAACUGCGUGAACUACUCGGAUACACUCUAUCCCCAGGCAAUUGAGGGUAUGAAGGAGAUACAUAGGGCGGGCGUUCACCACCGAGACAUCUACCCUAAAAACCUUCUCCUCGUCCGUGGAACCCCCGACAGGCUGGUCUGGAUUGACUUUGAUGUUGCAACAACUUUUACCAAUCUUGGUCCUGAAGAAUUGGACCUCUGUGAGUACGAGAUUGCGCUUGUGAAGGGAUUUGGGGAAGCACUAAGAGAUGACCAGGCCGAGGGACUCCCACCGAAUACAAAAUUUUACUAA